AUGGCAUAUGCCAGUCCUCGGACAGAUACUUCGACUGAUGCUGACACCGAAGAUAAGAAUUUGAGGUACCGAAACAAUCAAAUGCAGACUGCAAUGGGUUCUGAUGGUAGUGAUAUGUCUAGAGAUCAAAAGACUCUACGUAGGCUUGCUCAAAAUCGUGAAGCCGCUAGAAAAAGCCGUUUGAGAAAAAAGGCUUAUGUUCAACAGCUAGAAAGCAGCAGAAUGAAAUUAACACAGCUUGAGCAAGAGCUCCAACGGGCAAGGCAGCAGGGUGUAUAUAUUUCAAGUGCUGGAGAUCAAUCUCAAACCGUUGGAAAUGGUGCCUUGGCCUUCGACGUGGAAUAUUCACGGUGGCUUGAGGAGCACAACCGGCGGAUUAAUGAGCUGAGAGGUGCCGUGAGUUCGCACACUGGGGAUGCCGAGCUGCGGAUAAUAGUCGAGGGAAUAUUGUCACAGUAUGACGAAAUAUUUAGGAUAAAAGGGGAUGCUGCAAAGUCUGACGUGUUUCACAUUCUUUCAGGCAUGUGGCAAACGCCCGCCGAGAGGUGCUUCCUCUGGCUUGGUGGGUUUCGCUCCUCCGAGCUUCUUAAGCUUCUUAUUAAUCAGUUGGAGCCGUUGACCGAGCAGCAAUUGUUGGCCAUCAAUAAUUUGCAGCAGACAUCUCAGCAGGCGGAAGAUGCGCUGUCACAAGGCAUGGAGGCUUUGCAGCAGUCGUUGGCCGAGACAUUAGCCGCUACUCUUAACCCUUCUGGAAAUGUUGCCAAUUACAUGGGACAAAUGGCAAUGGCUAUGGGCAAGUUGGGAACGCUUGAUGGCUUUAUUCGUCAGGCUGACAAUUUACGGCAGCAAACCCUUCAGCAAAUGCACCGCAUACUGACAACACGGCAGUCGGCACGGGCCCUCCUUUCUAUCAGCGAUUACUUCUCUCGGCUUCGGGCCCUAAGCUCGUUGUGGCUCGCACGCCCUCGGGAUUAA